UUCCCACGAGCCCACAGGUCGGAUCAUCGGAUGCUACGCCACAAACCAAGAUGGCGGGUGUUGCAACCUUUUUGAAAAAUGUGUGGAAUAAGGAGCCUGUCAUCUUUGUGUCAUGCGCUCUCGGACUAACGGGUCUUGUGCUUCCAUUUAUUAGUCCAUACACAAAAUAUUCUGGAAUGAUUAAUUCGGCAACGCCAUACACAUACCCAGUUCCUCUGAGAGAUGACGGAAACCUACCUGAAGUUCCCUCGCAUCCGUGUGAGCAACGAGGAGACCGGCUGCAAUGGCUCAAAGACCUUUAACUUCACUUUCUCCCUCCUUCCAAUUUACCUGUCUGUAAUUUUCAAUGUCCCACAGUAAAGAUGGUUAAUUUAAUUCAA